UCUGAUCCCCGUGGCGCCAUGGCCCCACCGAGGCCGGGCGCACCCUCGGGGCCCCGGGCACUUCGGCUCUCACGCAGCUGAGUAGGGUGCAGCCUGGAGAAGAGGCCGGGGCCCCCUGGGGUGCAGGUGGGGGGGCCGGCGACAUGGAGCCCCCGGCCGUCUCCUCGGAGAGGAGCCUGUCUUUGUCGCUGCCCGGGCCCCGGGAGGGUCAGGCCACCCUGAAGCCGCCUCCCCAGCACCUGUGGCGGCAGCCGCGAACCCCUAUCCGUAUCCAGCAACGCGGCUACUCGGACAGCGCGGAACGCGCAGAGCCGGAGCGGCCACCACACCGACCCAUAGAGCGCGCCGACGCCGUGGACACUGGCGACCGGCCAGGCUUGCGCACGUCCCGCAUGUCCUGGCCCUCGUCUUUCCACGGCACCGGCAGCAGUGGCGCGGGCGGAGGCAGCUGCAGGCGGCGCCUCCGGCUUCUCCGAGGCGUCCAGGACUUCGGCCGCCAGGCGUGGGCUGGCUCCACCCCCGGCAUCCGUCGUCCCUCCCCCUGGUUUUUGUCCCCAGGCCCCGCACUCCGCCCUAGCACUCACUAUUCUAACUGCUGUCGCUAUAAAUCUGACUCCUUCAGGGACCUCAUAUGA